AUGGGGGCACAGCAAACGAACUUCCGGAUUUCCAGCGGGUUGUUUUCUGCUUUUGCUCAGAAGGAAAAAUCACUUGGUACAGCUGUGAUGGUUGCGAACGACUAUUUUCCUCCUUUGUUUAGUGUGGCCCCAAUGAUGGACUGGACAGAUCAUCACUACCGGACGCUGGCACGUCUGUUGUCGAAACACACUUGGCUCUACACGGAGAUGCUUGCUGCUGAAACAAUUGUUUAUCAAAAGGGAAAUCUGGACAGAUUCUUGGCGUAUGCUCCAGAUCAACAUCCUAUUGUGCUUCAAAUUGGUGGAAGUAACUUAGAUAAUUUGGCUAAAGCAACUGAACUUGCCAAUCGUUAUUGCUAUGAUGAGAUCAACUUCAACUGUGGAUGCCCAAGUCCUAGAGUAGCUGGACGUGGAUGCUUUGGCGUACGUCUUAUGCUUGAUCCAAAGUUUGUUGCAGAGGCUAUUUCAUUAAUUGCUGCCAAUACAAAUGUACCUGUCACAGUCAAAUGUCGAAUUGGUGUGGAUGAUCAUGAUUCUUACAAUGAAUUAUGUAAGGUUUCUUCUCUGUCACCUGCUAAGCAUUUCAUAAUUCACUCAAGGAAGGCACUGCUCAGGGGCCUUAGCCCAGCAGAAAAUCGGAGUAUUCCUCCACUGAAAUAUGAAUACUUUUAUGGCCUCUUACGAGACUUUCCUGACUUAACAUUUACAAUCAAUGGUGGUAUUACUAGCAUUGAUGAGAUCAAUGGAGCUCUAAAGGCUGGGGCCCAUGGUGUUAUGGUUGGACGUGCAGCAUACCACAACCCUUGGCAUAUUUUGGGACAUGCUGAUACAGCAAUUUAUGGUGCACCAAGCAGUGAUCUUACACGUCGUCAGGUCCUUGAGAAAUAUCAAGUAUAUGGGGACUCAGUGUUACGUCAAUAUGGACUUGGGCCAACUGUGCGAGAUAUUGUGAAGCCUUUACUUGGCUUUUUUCAUUCUGAGCCUGGGAAUGGACUAUGGAAGCGCAAAGUAGAUUCAGCUGUCCAAACUUGCACGACAAUUAAAUCAUUUUUUGAAGAAACCCUUGUAGCAAUUCCUGACUCGGUCUUGGAUUCACCGGUUGCGGAACCACAGUAUGGUCGUGGAGAUCUUUUUGCUAACAUGCACAGCUUGCUACCUCCACCAUACAGAAUAAGAGAAGAGGAUACCAUAUAA